AUGACUUCCUGGCGGUAACUUCAGAUUGGGCUGUAGUCGAAGGGAUUGCAAUCUUGCAACAAUAACAAAAAAAUAAAUAUUUGUCAACAAAAACAAAGCAACGACGCAAGAUGAGUUCCAAUAAUCAUGAUGAAACCUCAUCAGAUGUGGAUGCUGUUUCUGAUGGGGUAACACCCACACAUUUAUUAAAAAUGAAAGCAAUAAUGGAAAACCAGUGUUUUGAGAUGAAUGUCAAAGUCAGCAUGGGAAAACACAAAGGGUCAUGUGAAGCUGAUGCAGAUCUAUCCAGAUAUGAAAGUGAAAUAGAGCAGGCAAGGCUCUCACACUUCAACAAAACCCUUGUAUUGAACAGAAUGCAGAUUUGGAAUGCCAUCACUGAGAAGAUCAUUCAGAAUGAUGCAGAUGCUGAGCCAUUUAAGGCACUGACCAACCAGAACACCGAGCUCUGUGAAAAGACCAUGGCAAUUUUAAAGGAAACACGAGAGCUUCAGGACCAGAUCACAGAUCUCCAAAAAGAAAGACUUGAUCUAAAAGGACAGAUAAAGAAGAAAAUGCAGGAGAUAAAUGAAUUGAAACAGGUCAAGGAAAAUCAGGGAGAGGUUCAGCAGAGGGCUAAGGAAAGAGCUGAAGCAGUCCUACAGAAAUAUCAGAAGGUCACAACCAUUUUACAAAAUGUGCUCCGGGGAACUAUACUUGCCAGUAAAGUGAACUGGAGAGAUGAUCCUAAAUUAAGGGACAUUGCAAUGGGACUGGAGAACAUACCCAACUGAAGAGGGCCUAUUUGAACUCUGGUCUCCCACCACUGUAUAUACUGUUA